AUGACUCGUAAUUUAAUCAGAAGAUUUGCAGCUGUUGGGUGCAGCUAUAGACCAACUCCUACUAGAAUACAGCUACCAAGUUUUACGAGGUUACAUUCAAGCAAUCACAAUAUCCCAACUGAUGGUACAUCGACACCAAUUGGAAAAGUUGAUCCUAGACUCAGGAUAAGCUUCACUUGUACAGUUACAGACUGUGGAGAGAGAUCCACUCAUGAAUUCUCAAAAAAUUCAUACACAAAGGGAAUUGUCAUCGUACAAUGUCCAGGAUGCAAAAAUCGACAUCUAAUAGCAGACAAUCUCGGUUGGUUUAACCAGCCAGCUACUGGUGAAGGUACACUCCGUACGGUUGAAGACCUCAUGAAAGCCAAAGGUGAAAAAGUGCGUAAAGGGGUAUUACAACAAGGCGGAGAAACCAUUGAAUUCUCGGAUUAAAUAAUUUAAAUGCGUUGUCUAGAAGUAUAUGUCUCCAUUCCUGUAUCUUUGUCUGUUUGCGUUCGACAAAAUUUCAUCACCAUUCUCUCCAAUUCUUUGCUAUCUCCAAGGUCCCUAAUGAAUGGGAUAAAGUCUACAGAGAACCAUUUUUGGCGUGUCUUGAAUAAUUCUUGGAAUCGCUUAGAUGGGUUCUUAGAUAAAGAUGACGUAGUAAAAUAUGUUAUCUGUCCAGCUUCUAUCAAGUAGUAACCCUUCAAUAAGUUCAAGUUACACUGAUCUUGUAGUUCAUAGCCAGACCUUGAUUUCCAAUCAUCAAGAAACUUCUCAAAUGCCGUUGCUCGGCUUUGUACUUUGAGGAGAGAUAAUCCAAUUUCCUUUACGAAUGCCUGACUAUCUAGUGUCGUAUCGCUGUUCAUAUACCAUCCAAUAACAGUGCUUAUGU